GCUUAGAACUGGCCGGCCGUUUUCCCUCCUCGAGCUGCCAAUCAGAGCUCGUGCGGGCUCCGCUCUUGACUCUGCCUCGCGCUAACUAUGCGCGUAGUGUCGCGCUGCUGAUCCGCUCGCUCGCGCCGCAUUCCGAGAGAGAAUCCGGACUGGGAGAUACACCAGUGAGAGAGCGAGAGAGAGCGCGCGCUCUGCGAUAAGCAACCUUGGUUUUCACUUCAUCUGGUCCUCUCAUCUGGCGCGUGCGGGGAUGCUCUUCGCGUGAGGGAUAUUUGCGUGCCUGUCGGUCGUUGUUUUCUCUUAAGGGGUCACUUUGGAGCAAGGAAGAGAGGGAAAAGGCACGAAGAGGAGGAGAUUUAAUAUAUAUAUAUAUAUACAUUUCUCAUCUAAGACAUUUUUGGAGCAACUGUAGUAAACAAGAGCAGAGGAAGAGCGCGUGUGGUGCGCUCUGUGCGUUUUCUCUCUCUGUCUUUCAGAAAAACAAACAAACAAACAAACAUAAGGACAACCUGCUGAAUUGCAUCACGGUGCUCGAGGAGCGAUACAGCGAUUGCAACUCGUAAACAUGAGCCGCGCGAUCUCAAUCUUCACCGUUUUGCUGCUGGCGCUUCUGUCUGAAGGACCCAGCAACGUCCACGCGGUGGAGUUCAGUUAUUUCCCUGACAACCUUACAGUGCUGGAAGGGCAGAACGUCAUUCUGAGGUGUAAGAUCGACGAGGAAGUGACCCACAAGGCCUGGCUGAAUCGCUCCAACAUCUUGUUCACGGGGGAUGAGAAGUGGUCUCUGGACCCGCGGGUGUCAAUGGCCAACAACAACGACAGCGAUUUCUCCAUCCAGAUCGAGCGGGUGGCCGUGGCCGAUGAGGGUCCGUACACGUGCAGCUUUCAGGCACGAACCAAGCCACGCACUGCACACGUCUAUCUCAUUGUCCAAGUGCCAGCGAGGAUAGUCAACAUCUCUCAGGAUAAAUCGGUCAACGAGGGCGAUGACGUGAACCUCUUCUGCCUGGCGAUCGGCCGGCCCGAGCCCUCCAUCACCUGGAAGGACUUAAAAUCUGGACGCACAUAUGAGGGAGAGUUUCUGGACAUCACAGAGAUCAAACGGCAUCAAGCUGAAGAGUUUGUGUGCAUCACGAACAAUGGCGUGGCGCCGCCGGAUACACACCGCGUCAAGGUCACAGUGAAUUAUCCACCCAUGAUCACAGAUGUAAAGAAUAUGCCAGCUCAAGUGGGGAAGACAGCCAUCUUGCGCUGUGAGGCCAUGGCUGUCCCAACUGCAUCCUUCGAGUGGUACAGGGACGACCGGAGACUGGUGGAAAGCGACAACACACUGAGGAUUAAAAACGAGAAGACGCGUUCCCUGCUGCUUUUCACCAACGUCACCGAGAAACACUUUGGCAACUACACCUGCUUCGCCUCCAACCGCCUAGGGGCCUCCAACGCCAGCAUGCUUCUCUUCAGGCCGGGUGCAGUGUACGGCGGAAGCGUGACGCUAAGCGCCUGCCUAUCGGGACUCGUCUUCUGGCUCAGCCUCUCCAUCUCCGUCCUGCUGAAGGUCUAAUACGUCGCCGCCUCGGAAAGGAGUCUUUAAAUGACGAACCCAUCACUGUGAAUAAAAAAAGAAUUAUGCAUUAACCCAGGAGCCAUCUCUUGCAUCUUAUAAUCACCCCCCUCCCCUCUCCUCCCCACUCAUCCCAGUCCCACCCGUCUUUGGCAACCACUGGCCACUGCCUCUCCCGCUUCUCCAGCGAAGGUCACCUUUUCAAUGUUCAUAGCUGUUGUGGUGAUGAUUGUUUAAAAAAAAAAAAAAAAAAAAACGCUAAAAAUGUGAAGGUGCCGAGCGGAACACGUCUUUGUCUCAGUCUGCACGUGCUGGAUCAUGGUUGUAUAUUUGUGAAUGCUGUCACAUUAAUGGUGUUUAUGAGGAAUGUGAUAUGAUAUAUAUGAUAUGUAUGAUAUAUAUGAUGAUGAUAAUGAUGAUGGUCAGGUGACCCUGUAAACAAGCUGUGGCUGUUCACCAGCAGGCCACGCCUCAGUGGCCUUCGCUCUCUCUCGGAUCUGAGCAGCAGAAUCUUUCUGUGAAUGAUGUCAAAUCUCAUCUGCGCUAAGGGUCAACAUUAGCAUGGGGAGGGAGGGGAUAAACUUAUUUGUCCUCCCUCUUUUUUUGCAUUCGCUGGAGGUCUUGACCCAGGGCAAAGCAUGUGACCCCAGUCUGGCCUUCCAGUCCUUCCUCAGUCUCAUCACAUUACCACAUUACUACCUUCACCCUCGGUGUAAAUAUAUAUGCAGUA